CUAACUUUCAUAUCAAUUGUAAAAAUACAAAGCAAUUUACACGUAUUACAAUACUAUGGCGACUUUAAAUUUUGCAGAUCCUGUAAUAGCCCAACCAAGGAGCCAAAUGACUAAAAAAGCAAAAGUCAUCCUUGGAAUCGUAAUAGGAUGCUGCAUAUUCUUCUUCUUCCUUAUAAUUCUCAGCUGCUGCAUUAUGGAUAGAAAAAGGCCAAAUGUAGUAGAAAAUAUACCGAAGCGGUCGGAUUGUAUUAACCAGAGGCUUCCACCAAUGCUUUUUAAGGAAUGGCACAAAUUGGGCGAGGCAGAUCCAUUGAACCAGCAACAAGUUAGCAAAGCAGAGCAUGUUUGUGUUAUCUGUCUUGAGGUGUUGGAGGAACAAGACUCUAUCCGAGUGUUGAACUGUCAACACAUAUAUCAUAGGCAGUGUUUUGACCAGUGGUUCACUACUACAUUGCAUGACUUUUGCCCCUUAUGUCACCAACCUGUGUUACCUAGAGAGAGUAAUACGAUAGCACAGGGGUGUUAAUGGAUUUGAAAAAAUAAAUGAUCGAAAUUCUAC